AGCUGAUGUUGGCCUGGCUUAGAGCGCUCAGUUGGGUACGAGCUGCUCUGCCGUGAGCAUUGGCCAAACGCGCGAUACGGAAAACAAAAACCAAAAAGCCUAAUAUCAAAAUUCAAAUUCGAAAAUUUGACUCGAAAUCUCCGCCGCUGUCUUUCGGUACGUGUUGAGUUUUUUAAUUUGUAGAAUUUUCAAGUGAAUUUGUGAUACAAACAAAAAGAGAAAAUAAUUCAAAAAAUCAAAUUGAAGAAAUUUAAAAAGUGAAGUGAAAAAGGUUUAUGAAUUAAAAACAAAAAAGUUCGACAAACAAAAAAUACUUUAAAUCACUACAAGCUAGACUUCACCCAAUUUCCGACUACCCGCUGAGGACAGCUGCUGAAUCGCAAUCGAGUCGAAUGCAAAUGCAAAUCGACGCCGAAUGAAUUGACAAUGACAAAGAGUAUUAAAUGUCCGCCCGCUUCUAGUUGUAACCGCGUUCUCCUGUCCUAUGUGAUAUUAGCUUAUACUGUAGCAGCCCACAGCUCGCCCCCGCCAUGCGGAUUGUACGGCGCGCCGCCUUGCCAAUUCCUUCCGGCCCCCCCGGGACAGACGCCUACCUGUGCCCGGCCCGGGAAGACGUACUGCGAGCAUGUCGAUAAUUAUCCCACGUAUCUCAUCAAAAGCCUGGUCCGCAAGUGGGGCUAUGAGGCCGCCACACUUCUGGUGGACGAGACGUGGGAGGACUUUGCAGCAGUGGCGUGGCACGACACCCCGGUCUUCUACGAUCCCAAGUCCAUCUUUCCGACACGCGAUCCCAACGGCCAGGACUUCAAUGGCUACAACUACCAGACUCCCUUCGGCGGUACGCCCCAAAGAGCGGCAGGCGGUGGUGGCGGGAACUCCUACUUUGCCAGCAGCCCAUCCACCGAGGCGCCAACGUAUCUGCUGUACACAUCCUCUGGAGGCGGAGGACAUCGUUCUGGACCGCGAUAUCAAGGUGGCGCCUCCACUUCCGGGGGGCAGUUGUUCUUCAACCAGGGCGGCAAGUCCACUCCGUACAAUGCCACGCUCUGGCUGAAGCGUUUGGUGAGGGAUCUCAGUCGCAAGGUGGACAAGCCCCAAGAGCAACCGGUGGAGAAGGACGUGGGGACGAAGGAGGACAAGCAGGAGGAGAAGCUUGAGGAGGAGAAGGAAGAGGAGGAGCACCCGCUUAGCAAGCGCGAUGUCUCGCUCAACAUGGAUCUCUUGGACAUUGUGGGCGUCGACACGCCCAAUGCCCAGCCGCUGAGGAAGCGUUCGCGCACCAAGCGCCAAAGUCCUGGACGCUCGACGCUCUGCCAGACCACCUCGCAGUUCAUCACUCCCCAGGCGGCUCUCAACAGUCGGGGCAACUGGAUGUUUGUGGUCAACGAGCAGAACACUGCCCGACAGAUGGUGAAGGCAGAGCUGUGCGCCUCGAACACCUGCUCCAACCUGUGCGAACUGCCCAACGGCUACAACUCGAGAUGCGAGCAGAAGUUUGUGCAAAAACGCUUAAUUGCGCUCCAGGGCAACGGGCAGAAUCUGUACACGGACACGUUCUGGUUUCCCAGUUGCUGCGUCUGCACGAUAGCCGCCAAUUAAAUGUGUCAGGAUCCGCACAAGGACGAGCUGGUGACCGAGGAGGAUGGCGAUGCGAUUUUUGCAAAAUCAUAUCUGAUAACUGAAUGAUACAAAAGCGCAACACAAGCCACACACCCAAAAACACACACUCAAAACAAAAACAAUCUCUCUCAUAUAUAGUUACACACAAAACACACACAAUGUAGUUCUUAAAAAUGUAAUUUAAAAUCGAAAACAUCGAGUGCGGCCCCCCUAAAAUUGGAUUCUAUGCCCGCAAAUCCUUUUUCUGUUCUGUAUAGUAGAAUUAGUCUUACCCUGUGAAGCUAAUGGACAUCAAAUAAACACCUAUUCGAGCUCAUGUUUUCUUCGAGUUAAAAUAAAAUGUGAGUGGCUUUUA